GGGGGCUGCGCAACAACAAAACGCCGCCCGCCGCGCGGCGUGUCACCGGGCCCGGCGGCCGCGGACCGGCCGAGCGGAGCCAGCGGCCCCAGCCGGCGCUGCGGGUUCAUGCGGCUGCUCGCCGGGGCCGCUUCCCCCACUCCGGCCCUGAGCAGGGCGCCGGCGGCACCCGCCGUUUCCCCCUCGGCCUUAUCGUCUCAGAGCUAAAAUUAAGGAUGCUUUGCUGGUCCAAGAGGAUGGAUACUGUUGAUUACAGUACUUUACAGUGCAGUCACUGUGGUCUGAUUUAUCUUUGAGAUGGCUUUACAAAGGCCUUUCUUUAAACUUUCCAUGUCUAAAUGGACUCCUGAAUGUAAUAUACUCUAUACUCUAAAAGCGGAUAUGAAGAGUGAAGUUCCUUCUGAUGCACCAAAGAGACAGGAGAGUCUGAAGGGGAUCCUCUUGAACCCUGAGCCUACUGGGGCAGCCAAAAGCUUCCCUGCGGAAGUUGAGAUGAUUGCCAGUAAAGUAGGGAAUGAGUUCUCUCACUUAUGUGGUGAUUCUCAAAAGCAAAAGGACAUGAAUGGCAACCGUACAGACCAAGACAAAAAUGUUGUGGUGCGAAAAAAACGCAAGAGCCAGCAGGCUGGUCCUUCGUAUACUCAAAAUUGUCCUAACAAGGAAAACCAAGAAAUCAUAGGAUUAAGACAGCAUCUAGAAACACAGAGUGAAGACAAUGAUUCUUCUUUUAGUGACUGUAUCUCUUCACCUUCAUCUAGCCUACAUUUUGGAGACUCUGACACAGUAACAUCUGAUGAAGAAAAAGAUGCUCCUGUAAGACACCCUCAGGCAGUGUUGAAUGCUACGAGUAGAACUCACAGUGCAAGGUCACAAAAAUGGCCUCGGACUGAGGCAGACUCUGUACCUGGGCUAUUAAUGAAAAGGCCCUGUUUUCACAGCAGUUCUUUAAGAAGACUUCCAUAUAGGAAGAGAUUUGUGAAAACAAGCUCAUCGCAGAGGACACAGAACCAAAAAGAACGAAUUUUAAUGCAGAGGAAAAAGCGGGAAGUGUUAGCUCGGAGGAAGUAUGCAUUACUGCCCAGUUCUAGCAGUUCCAGUGAGAAUGAUAUUACUAGUGAUUCUUCUUCCAGUUCAUCUACCGAAGGGGAGGAAGACUUAUUUGUGUCGCCUGGUGAAAACCACCAGAACAGUACAGCUGUUCCUUCAGGAAGUAUUGAUGAAGAUGUUGUGGUGAUUGAAGCAUCCUCCACUCCCCAGGUUACUGCUAAUGAAGAAAUAAAUGUUACCUCAACUGAUAGUGAAGUGGAGAUUGUCACAGUUGGUGAAAGCUACAGGUCUCGUUCAACACUUGGACAUGCAAGAUCACACUGGGGCCAAAACUCUGGUUCUCAUGCUGCACGACCUCAAGAACAGCGGAACCGCAGUAGGAUCUCCACAGUCAUACAGCCGCUGAGACAGAAUGCAGCAGAAGUAGUGGACCUUACAGUAGAUGAAGAUGAGCCGACAGUUGUGCCAACCACACCAGCUAGAGUGGAGCCGCAGGUCACGAGUUCUUCUACCAGUAACAGUUCUAGUAGGUCUACCUCAGAGCAGACCUCUGAUUCAUCUCAGCAGACCUCUGAUUCAUCUCCAGACGUCUCCAACAUCCAGCCCUCUGCAACACCAGAGACAACUGCUAGUCUUCCCAGUGGCGGCACUGCUGGCAGUUCACCUGGAGAUGAUAUCAGAAGAACUGCAUCUAAUACGACACUGGAAACUGGCCCUCCAGCCAUGCCAAGGUUACCAUCGUGCUGCCCUCAGCAUUCUCCUUGCGGAGGACCUUCACAGACUCAUCAUGCAUUGGGGCACCCACAUACAAGCUGCUUUCAGCAGCAUGGCCACCACUUUCAACAUCACCACCACCACCACCACAACCCUCAUCCAGCUGUUCCACUAUCUCCUUCAUUCAGUGACUCCAGCUGCCCUGUUGAAAGGCCACCUCCAGUGCCUGCACCUUGUGGAGCGAGCAGCAGUUCUGGCACCAGUUACCAUGACCAGCAGGCAUUGCCAGUAGACUUAAGCAGCAGCGCUAUAAGAAGUCAUGGUAGUGGUGCUUUUCAUGGAACAUCUGCUUUUGACCCCUGCUGUCCUGGUUCUUCAUCUCGAACUGCAAUUUAUGGGCACCAGGCUAGUGCUGGUCCAAGCCAAUCAAUAACAAUAGAUGGAUAUGGAUCAAGUAUGGUUGCGCAGCCACAGCCUCAGCCUCCUCCUCAGGCAUCGCUCUCUUCCUGUCGGCAUUAUAUGCAUUCUCCUUAUGCUUCUUUGACCAGACCUCUUCACCAUCAAGCUUCUGCAUGUCCUCACUCUCAUGGAAAUCCUCCACCACAGCCACAACCUCCACCUCAAGUAGAUUAUGUUAUCCCUCAUCCAGUGCAUCCUUUCCAUCCUUCAAUCUCCUCUCAUGCAUCUUCUCAUCCUGUUCCACCUCCACCACCAACUCAUCCUUUAGCCAGUGCAGCUGCUCCAAUACCACAGCAUCUUCCUGCAACACACCAGCCUAUAUCCCAUCACAUCCCUGCAACAGCACCUCCACCACAGAGGCUACAUCCUCAUGAGGUGAUCCAGAGGAUGGAGGUCCAGAGAAGAAGAAUGAUGCAACACCCAACACGUGCUCAUGAGCGGCCUCCUCCACAUCCUCACAGAAUGCAUCCCAAUUAUGGUCAUGGGCAUCACAUUCAUGUGCCUCAGACAAUGUCUUCCCAUCCUCGGCAAGCUCCAGAGAGAUCUGCCUGGGAACUGGGAAUUGAAGCUGGUGUGACUGCAGCUACUUACCCUCCAGGGCCCUUGCAUCCUCACUUGGCCCACUACCAUGCACCUCCUCGGCUUCAUCACUUGCAGAUAGGGGCGCUUCCUCUAAUGGUACCAGACAUGGCGGGCUACCCUCACAUCCGUUACAUUUCAUCGGGAUUGGAUGGAACAUCAUUCAGAGGCCCUUUCAGGGGCAAUUUUGAGGAGCUGAUUCAUUUGGAGGAACGAUUAGGCAAUGUUAAUCGUGGAGCAACACAGGGAACUAUAGAAAGAUGCACAUAUCCACAUAAAUACAAAAAGGUAACAACUGAUUGGUUCUCACAGAGGAAACUGCACUGCAAACAAGAUGGGGAGGAAGGAACAGAAGAAGACACUGAGGAAAAGUGUACCAUUUGUUUGUCUAUAUUGGAGGAAGGUGAAGAUGUCAGGCGCCUGCCAUGUAUGCACCUUUUCCACCAAGUAUGUGUGGAUCAGUGGUUGAUUACUAACAAGAAGUGCCCCAUUUGCAGAGUGGACAUUGAGGCUCAACUGCCUAGUGAAAGUUGACGCCGCUUUCCAGAACUCUUGUCCUCCCUCUCCCUCCCUUAUCCUUCCUGGUACUGCAGUCAACCAAAGAGAAGACAGUUGAGUUUCAGUGUAUUUAUAAAACUUUUUUUUAGGUUUUACAUUUUUUCUUUUCAUUACUGUAUUUUUUGCAUGGUUCCUUGUAUUGCAUUUGUUUGCACAUAUUAUGGGCUUUGUGACCCCAAACUUGCAGGCAAGAUUAGCUGCUUUAGGAAGUAGAAUUGUGUGGUCUCUUUUUUUUGGUUUGUUUUACGUAGUAUCAAGCUUUGAAAGUAUAAUUUCACUCAUUACUAACCUUGGAUUCCUUAAUUUAAUCGGUCAUAUAUUUUAGUUUAAAUGUAUAAAGAUCAUCUAGAAAAUGAUAAUAUUAUGUAUUGAGACAUUCCUUAAUUAGGAAAAAAUGGCUGCUGUAUAUUUACAAUAUCAGUUCUGAGUCAAAUAACAUCCUUAAUACUGGGAACAGAAUAUGAACUAUAUUCAGUUUGACUGAUACAUAUAGCAUACUCAUCACCAGAGUUUUUGUCUGAUCAGAUUUUUGUGUUCGUUUUUGAAAUUUCAGCACAAUGCAGAUAUAUUUGAAUGUCAAUAUUAAACAUUUAGACUGCUGUUCAGAUUGUAUUUAUCAUUUUCUUCUUGUGUCUAGAAAUUUGAAUCCCUAACUUAAAUAUUUGCUGCUGUGAAACAGCUCUAGUGAACACUAAAUGUUGAUUUCAGUUAGCUGGGUUGUAGAUACUUGCAGAUUGAAAGAAUUAUUAGGGAAAUGGAAAAAGAGCUUAGAAACUGUUUGGUCUUCUGCUAACUUAAGUUGAAGUAUCUGCACACACUGAGGUUUUGUUUUGUUUUGUUUUUUUAAUAUGAAACCAUUCAAUAAGGACUUAGAGCUGCAGGGUUUUUGUUUUUUGUUGUUUUGGUGUUUUUCAUCUUGGGUUUUGUUUGGCGGGGAGGCAGAUGUACAUGCAUUCUUAGAACUUCUGAGGGUUCCAGGCGUGUCUUGGGAUUUCGAUUAGUUUAAUAAAGUUAGCUAAAUCCACUUGUCUCUUGUUUUAUUUUUUCAUUAGUAAAUUGAAAGCCUGUAAAUUUCUGUAGAAACUGAGACACAAAUUAUGUGGUUACCUAGUUUUUGCCUUGAUCAUAGAUUCCCUCUAUAAAUUACCAACAGUCCAUCACUGAUUGAAAUAUUUUCUAUAGUUAAGAUUUGCUGCAUAAUAUAGUAUAUAGAAUUAAGUUAUAAUGUACUAACAUUUCGCCUUUGGAGGAGGUUUUAAAUCCACAUCAGGAUUCGAGUUGCUUAUCAACAUUCUUUCACAUAUAAUAGAUUAUAGUUUAUUUAAAUGUGCUCAACGUUGCAAAAUGCAAAUGUGUAAAACCAUUGAGACAGUAUUACUGUCACUUUGGAAAAGAUGUUCCUCGGGGAUCAUAUAUGAACAUGUCAAUAAGCUUGCAUUAAGCCACCUGCUUUGUAAGUGGAUUGAAUAAUAAAUACCUUCAGUUUC